GGCGGAUGGAAGCCAGCUGUCCCGAGAAGCAGUGAACUGUGGCGUCAUCCCGAGCAGUGCCUUACCGGUAUUGUGCUGCUUCACCUGCCUCGCUCGGCGUUCUCCUCAGGCCCCGCCAUGGAGCGACAGGUCCAACGACUUCGCCAGACGUUCCGGUCCGGCCGAUCGCGGCCGCUGCGUUUCCGACUGCAGCAGCUCGAGGCCCUCCGGAGGAUGGUGCAAGAGCGAGAGAAGGACAUCUUGGCAGCCAUCGCAGCAGACCUGAGCAAAAGUGAACUCAAUGCAUACAGUCAUGAAGUCAUUACCAUCCUUGGGGAGAUUGACUUCAUGCUGGGGAAUCUUCCUGAAUUGGCCUCUGCUCGGCCAGCGAAGAAGAACCUGCUUACCAUGAUGGACGAGGCCUAUGUUCAGCCAGAGCCUCUGGGAGUCGUGCUGAUUAUUGGAGCUUGGAACUAUCCUUUUGUUCUGACCCUGCAGCCACUGGUGGGAGCCAUUGCUGCAGGAAAUGCUGCCAUUGUUAAGCCCUCGGAACUCAGUGAAAACACGGCUAAGAUCUUGGCUGAACUCCUCCCUCAGUAUUUAGACCAGGACCUGUACAUGAUUGUUAAUGGCGGCGUUGAAGAAACCACAGAGCUUCUGAGGCAGCGGUUUGAUCACAUUCUCUACACAGGAAACACCGCAGUUGGAAAAAUUGUCAUGGAGGCUGCUGCCAAGCACCUGACCCCUGUGACCCUGGAGCUCGGGGGCAAAAGCCCAUGCUACAUUGACAGAGACUGUGACCUGGACGUUGCUUGCAGACGGAUAACCUGGGGAAAGUACAUGAAUUGUGGUCAGACCUGUAUUGCUCCUGACUAUAUCCUGUGUGAAGCCUCCCUCCAGGAUCAAAUCGUACAGAAGAUUAAGGAUACGGUGAAGGACUUUUAUGGGGAAAAUGUAAAAGCUUCUCCUGAUUAUGAAAGGAUCAUCAACCUUCGUCACUUUAAGAGGAUAAAAAGUUUGCUUGAAGGACAGAAAAUAGCUUUUGGUGGGGAGACUGAUGAAGCUACACGCUACAUAGCCCCAACCAUACUCACUGAUGUUGACCCUAACUCCAAGGUGAUGCAAGAAGAAAUUUUUGGACCAAUUCUCCCAAUAGUGUCUGUGAAAAAUGUGGAGGAAGCCAUAAAUUUCAUAAAUGAUCGCGAAAAGCCCCUGGCACUCUACAUAUUUUCUCACAACAAUAAGCUCAUCAAACGGGUGAUUGAUGAGACAUCCAGUGGUGGAGUCACAGGCAAUGAUGUCAUCAUGCACUUCACUGUUAAUUCUUUGCCCUUUGGAGGUGUGGGUGCCAGUGGAAUGGGGGCUUAUCAUGGCAAAUACAGUUUCGAUACCUUUUCUCAUCAGCGCCCCUGCUUGUUAAAAGGGUUAAAGGGAGAGAGUGUUAACAAACUCAGGUACCCUCCCAACAGCGAGUCCAAGGUCAGCUGGUCGAAAUUCUUCCUGCUGAAACAGUUCAACAAAGGAAGGCUGCAGCUGCUGCUUCUCGUGUGCUUGGUUGCGGUUGCAGCUGUGAUCGUCAAGGAUCAGCUGUGAUGACUUCCUUGUAGCCUCUACUGAAGUACCCCUCGGCCAAAUGGUUAACACACCAAUGCUUUUAAAAUUGUACCCAAACCAGGAAAUGAAAUUCACAGGUGAACUGCAGUCAAACCUAAGUUGUUGCCACAAACCACUGAUGAAACUCAGUGCUUCAGCCAAAUCCCAGCAUUUGUCAGCCGUGCAGGUGCUGAGAGGGUGGAGACUGGGAGGGGCGACACCUAGUCCAUGGCAGCGGGAUGUCAGGGAGACUCGACAACUGCUCCCGCAGCUCUUUGCUCCAGGACAUAGCUCUGCCCACCCGGUGUCAACACCCUCCAGGCUUUCCAGCUGUCCUCUGAUUGCUGAGGUUCCUGUUAGGGACCGAGGUACUAAACCUGGGCGGGUGGAUUUGUCGGCCUCAUCCAUUGUGGCUCGAGACCGGCCUUCGGGAGUCGGCUCUCAGUCUAAACAUCCUUUCUCAUUCAUAGUGUGUCACCCGAAGAUGCUUGUUUGUGACAUUGUGACAGUCUGUCAUGACUGUCCCGGUGCCUUUGUGAUGACUUAAACUACACUGAGGAGCUUGCCAACUUGUGAAUGCCCUUCAGAGGGUCUGGCAGUCACAGCUGUUCCAGAGCCCGAGGGCAGAAGAUUCCGGAGCCCGGGAGUUUGAGGCCAACCUAGGCAACAUAAUGGGACCCUCUCAUUAUUAUUCCUCCAUAACAAUCCCCUCGAGACCCUCGAUUUGAAUGUUAUAUAGGUCUUCAGGAUAAAUCUGCUUAUUUUCACAGCACAACACAAAAAAAAUUUACUUUUGAAAUCUUAGAGAGAUUCCUACAGAUCUUAGCAUGGAGCUGUUCCUGUAGUGAAAGGGGGGUUAUUAGACAUGAGGCUUCAGAACUCAUGGGGCAGGGUUGUUGGAGACUACCGUGAGCUGAGGGGGCACACUGAAGCGAUGGGAUGGCCAGAAGCGCACCUGAGCAAGCGGGGCAGCAUUCUCUGUCAGACCCUAACAUGGCUACACAGGGAUGUGGCAGAGAGAUCUGUGUGGCCCUGCUGCCAGGGCCUGGUUAGGCCUGAAGCUCCAAGCUGCAGAGGUCUCAUUGCCUUCCCAGGAUCCAAAUUAAGACUGCCCACUCAAUGAGAAUGUCACUUGCGUAUGUACAACCAUGUUUGCUGAGUAACCUGUUCCACCGUUGAGGCUGUCUGAAGUGUAUUGUAUGAGGUAUCAAGAACGAGUCAUUGGCCCAUUUGGCAAAUAGUUGCUUAUGUAGCAAUUGUCAUGGACUAAUCAUAAAAUAUUUUGCACAAAAUUUCAAUGUUGAACUUGCACUCACUGUUGUUAAAUUAUAAAUCACAGCUUCUAGUUAGGCCAAAAUAUUUACAUACUCUACUAAUCUUCAAAAUAAAUGUAUCCCAUACCUUA